CCUCAGUUUCGAGUUGACUGUCGUCCGGUUCACAGGUGUCGUUUCUGUUCCACGCUGUUCCUCUCACACAGACACACACACAAAAAUUUGAAUAAAUUAAAAAUUCAAACAACUACUCCUGAUUAAAAAAAUCGUGAUUGUGCUGUUUCGAGUUGUGUGUGUGCACGUGCGUGAAUGUCGCCAUUGAUUUGAUCGAUUUCUCUGCUCGGUGAUUGGCUUUCAUCGUCUUGAUCGAUUCCACGCAGUUUUUCGUCGAACCACGUUAAUUUUUUUUGUCUGCUAGUGACUCUCACCCCCCCCCUUUCCAAAAUAAAAAGUGGAUUUACUACUCGAGAUGAUUAUCACAUCACCAAGUGUCUGACUGAGAAACAAAAGAAAGCACACAGUGAAUUAUUAUUAUUUUUUUUUAAACUCCCGUCAAGUUUCAUUUUUUUGUUUGUGAUUUGUGCAUGUGAAACGCCCGUGUGACGAUUGGAUUAACAACACACAGCUCACCUUUUUUUUUUUUUUUUUUUUGAAUGGAGUCGUUUUGGUGGAGGCGACCAUGUCGGACGAUUUCAGACAAAAAUCGAAAUUGUAGUAAAAGAAAAAAGAAUUGUCGUACGUUAAGUGUGUCGUCAAUGUCGUUCACAUCGUCCGCCAUGAUUUGGAUAGUCCUACUCUUAUCCACAGCUCACCUGACGAUGGCGAACGCGUCGGGCUUUUUCGAAUUGGAAGUGGUUGCAUUGGAAAACCCUCAGGGCCGGCUGGCCAAUGGCCAGUGCUGCGGCGCGGACGAGACCAGUAGCUCAAACUCUGGCACCUGUCAUCGCCAAUGCGCUACUCAUUUCCGAUUGUGCCUCAAGGAGUAUCAGAGCAACGUGACCGUCUCCAGUCCGUGCACCUACGGCAAUGCGUCCAGUCCCGUCCUGGCCGGCAAUUCGUUCACGUUUGUCGAACCCGGUAAAUCCAACGCUCGACUCGUCAUCCCGUUUUCAUUCCGCUGGCCGAGGUCCUUCACUUUGAUGCUGGAAGCGAUAGACUACAACAAUUCUACACGACCAUCAGGCGAUGCUGUGAGUGGGCGUGAAAUUGAACGGGCCGUUUAUUCGGGCAUUUUGGAACCGAGCGCCGAUUGGCAUUCUUUGACUCACGAAGGAUCGGCCGUCAACCGAGACUUGCGACUCACUUACCGCGUGAGGGUGCAGUGCGAGCCCAACUACUACAACGCCACGUGCACGAAAUUCUGCCGGCCGAGGAACGACAUGUUCGGCCACUACGAAUGCGACCGCAACGGCGAUAAGACUUGCAUGCCCGGGUGGACUGGAGCCACCUGCGAAACAGCUGUUUGCAAACCUGGUUGCCAUCCCAUCAACGGCCAAUGUGAACAACCCGGCGAGUGCAGGUGUCGGUGGGGAUGGAAAGGUGAAUUUUGCGAUCAAUGCGUCCCGUAUCCGGGAUGCAAACACGGCUACUGUAACGGCAAUCCAUGGCAGUGCAUUUGCGAAACAAAUUGGGGCGGCAUCCUCUGCGAUCAAGAUUUGAAUUAUUGCGGAACUCGGGAGCCGUGCCACAAUGGCGGCACAUGCGAGAACACGAAACCAGACGAGUACCUGUGCAAAUGUCCCGACGGCUUUUCCGGCACUAAUUGCGAAGUGGUGGACAACGUCUGCGCCACGGCUCCUUGUCUCCACGGCGGCACUUGCACCGUCGCCAUCAACGCAUCAUUUAACUGUUCCUGUCCGCCAGGAUGGACUGGAGCCACUUGCCAAAUUAAUGUGGACGAAUGUCUGUCGUCGCCGUGUCUGAACGGGGCGACCUGCGCCGACCUGGAGAACGGCUACCGCUGCCAAUGCGCAGACGGCUGGCAAGGCGACACUUGCGAUCAAGAUGUGGACGAGUGUUCGAUGGCCGAAUUGUGCAGAAACUCGCUGAGUUGCGAGAACACACCUGGCAACUACACCUGUCGCUGUGUCGAAGGUUUUCACGGUCGCCAGUGUCAGUACAACGUCAACGAUUGCGAUGGCCAUCAGUGCCUCAAUGGCGCUACUUGCAUCGAUCUGAUUGGCCAGUACCACUGCGCUUGCCGACCCGGUUUCAACGGUCAACGGUGCGAGAUCAACAUUGACGAGUGCUCGAGUCAACCGUGCGCUAACGGAGGCGAGUGCGUCGACCUAGUCGACGGCUUCAAAUGCAUUUGCCCUUUGGGCUACACCGGUGCCCAAUGCCAGCAGACGGAUACGGAUUUGUGCCAUCCGAACCCGUGCGCCAACGGCUCGCCGUGUUUCAAUACGCUCGGACAGCUCGGCGGACCCGACUACUAUUGCCUCUGUCAGAGCCACUGGCAAGGCAAAAAUUGUUCACGAUACCGACAGCCCCCUCCGCCGCCCCCGCUUCCAGCCAGCCAACCUAGUCCACAAACAGAAGCGGGCAGUUGUUGGACGUCCAAGGGUGCCGGCCAUUGCGUCCACGGUCGUUGCGUCGCGUCAGAAGAUGGUUCGACUUUCUCGUGCCAAUGCGAUCCGGGCUAUUCGGGUCAUUUUUGCACCGACAACGUUAACGACUGCGCUGAUAGCCCUUGCCGGAAUGGCGGUACCUGCAUCGACGGCAUCGAUUCGUUUCACUGCGUUUGUCCCAAAGGUUACGACGGACUCACCUGCGAUCACAACGUAGACGACUGUGCAGCCAAUCCAUGUCGCCAUAACGGCACGUGUGUCGAUUUGGUGGCCGAUUUCGUGUGCCGAUGCGUCGACGGCUGGAAAGGGCGCACUUGUUCCAAUCGCAACCAGCACUGCCAACACGGUGAGAACCCUUGCCUGAACGGUGCCACUUGCGUCGAUGACUCAAACCCCGAAGCCGGAUUCACGUGUCGCUGCUCGAGCGGAUGGCGCGGCUCCAUCUGCCAUCUGGCUGAACAUAUGCCUUGCGAUGCCAAUCCGUGCCGCAAUGGCGCCACGUGUUUGAACACGGGCCAGUCGUUCACCUGCGUCUGCAAAGACGGAUACGAAGGUCAACAUUGUCAGAUGGAGCUGAGACAAACGGCCGCGUCGACGACGGCCAGCCCCACCAGUUGCCAAUGGUCGGGCCGUCUGUAUCCGGAUCAUUCGUCGUGGGACGAUGGAUGUAACAAGUGCCAAUGCAGGGCCGGUCAGGCUGUCUGCACGCGCGUUUGGUGCGGUGCGGCCAACUGCCUCGAAGAUCCCGUUCAUAAAGUGGGCAAAUCUUGCGGAGCUUCGGAAAUUUGCCUUUCGGCCCAGUCUGGAUGUCUGCGACCGCCGUGUCCGGCCUACGGUCAGUGCCGGCCGUUGAAACCCGGUAGGCUUUUGCCCGUUCCGGCCACCACCGCCUCUUGCUGGCCCAACUUGACGGGCAAUCGGCUAGCGCCUACCUGCGCUCGAUUGACGCUCGUGCUGGACCGAUACAGGGCCCAGCCGGGAUUCUCGGUGCAAUCGCUGUGCGGCCACUUGCGUAAAUUGGCCGCUGCUCAGAGCCAUCUGUGGGACGAUUUCCCCGGACAGCAGCAGCAACAGUUGGAAAGACCAUCUUUGGUCAUCCUCUGCGAUCUCAAGGACCAUCUGGAGGAUGUUGUCCAAGUCACCAUCUCCAUGUCGGAGACGUCGUUGGAACUUGGAGGAAGCCGGGCCACGGCUGCUGCGCGAGUCUUGGGCAAUGUCCUGACGGCCUACUACAAGGAAGGGUCCUCUAUGGGAGCCGUGGUGGACGUCAAGGUGGAGACACCCUAUCCGGACGCGAUGGAAUCGUCGGACACGUCCUCGCAGAACCAUCCGUCAUCGGACUCGUCCGGCAGCAAUUACGUGGUGGCCAUCGUCUGUGCCAUACUUGCCGGCCUCGUCGUCGUGGCCGGUCUGCUGCUGUUGCUCUUGUGGCGGCUGCGCAAGCGGCCAGCUCAUUCGCCGUCUCACAGCGUCAACAGCUCCAUGGAUCGAUCCAUUGAAAAAUCGAACAAUCUGCAAAACGAGGAGAAUUUGAGGCUGCAGCAGCGUCGCAUGAAGACGCUGAACGUGGCCGAGCUGGUGGACCAUCCGGCUAAAGGAAGUGGCGUGCCGCUGUCGAAGAAACUGAGCAAAGUCGUCGAAGACGCGGUCGUUGUGGCGCAGGAAGAUUCGUCCUCCGACGAGUACUCUGGCGGCCAGCGGGACGUCAUCGAAUCGAAUCCCAUCUACAAAGCGCCCAUCAGCGUUGACGUGCGGAAUAAUAUCCACUUGGCGGCGAGAGCGGGCCAGAUGAUGGACAAGGAGCUUAGCCUCAAAGUCGUUGUCGUGUGAAAAGAAAAAAAAAACAAAACACUUCACCUAGAGAAAACGGGGCGCUUCUGUUUGUCCACUUCCUGUCCUCCUCAAGUCCAGUGAAUUUCAUUAUUGUAAAACAAAAAACAAAAAAGGGAUAAAGAAAAAGAAAAAAAAAAAAAUUUAGAAAGGGAUAAAAAAAAAUAAAACAAAAAGUCGCACGCCAUUUCCGGCUCCGGAAUCGGAUUUUCAAGUAUCUCAAUAGUUGAGAAAGGGAGUUUAAUUAUUAAUAUUAUUAUUAUUAUUAUUAUCAUCAUUAUUAUUAUGAUUUUUUUUUGUUCUUUCUGUUUAACCUAUAUAUAUAUAUAAAACAUGUAUAUAAGGUGUGAUGAUGUAAGUAUCCUAAAUAUUUUAAAAGAAGAAAACAUUUGUAUAUAAAUAUUAACAGUUUUUGAUGGUUGUAAAGUGUUGGUACAUGUUGAAUUGUGCACAUCUGCCUCACGAAGAAAAUGUUGUUCACCAACUGUAGUUCACUGGAAGACGACAAUCCACCUCCUUCACUACCGCCAGACCCACCCCACCACCCAGCAAUCACGAAUGAAUGUUCCAAUUAAAUCCGACCCUUUUUGUUUUCAAAUCACGUUUAACAAAAUUUGAUUGAGAAAAAAGGAAAGGAAAAUGGGGAUACAUAUGAAAAAAAAAAAAGAAAAUUAACUGACGAUUGUCAAAUUUGACGCGCGUUCAAUUUUUGAUAUUGAGUCGGCAAAACAAAAAAAAAAACAAGUUUCAGUUUAUUUGGAGUUUCAAUAGAACAAGAAGUUAAACGGUCGGAUUUUACUUACAAUAAAAAACAGACCAACACACACACACACGCAAUACACACCCUGACUUUUGAUUAUUAUUGUUUUUUUUUUUUGUUUUGGUUCUUGUCCAAAUCUAUUUCGUUACCGUUGUGUCCAGUCCGUCAUUUGAUUUCAGUUUCUAAAUGUUUUGAAAGAAAUGUUGUACAUAAAUGUUUUUGAGUUUUUUUUUUUUUUUCCUACAGCGACAUGAUGAUUCCUCUUAAUUCAUUGAUUUUCGCUCGCGUUUGAUCGUGUCACUGUGUCAGAGCUGCAUGCACAUUUUCAACUACCCUACUCCCACCCCCCAAUACUGCUCUCCCCGGCCCUCCCAAAAAUGAUGAAAACGUCGUUGAAAAAAACAAUAAACUAUUUUUCCACAA